AUGGUUGGCAAGAGGAUCAAGGUGUUUUGGGAGUGUGUGCAGCAGUACUACUAUGGGAAAGUGGACUCCCAUACGCCCAGCCUGCAACACCUUGCCUUCAACAUCGUGUAUGAUGAUGACGAUAUGGAGGAUGGGAUGCUCUACGAGGGAGUCUUCGUUAACGAAGAGGACAUCAGGCGGCCAUAUCAGGUCCUCUCAGGACACACAACGCAGGAGAAGCCCACAGCAGCGCAGGAGACCCCAACUGCGCCAAAGCCCGCACUUGAGCUGCAGCCUGCUGUGCAGCAGAAACGAGCAGCUGUGCCAGAGUCUGCAUUGGCGCGUGAGUCUGCAGCUGUGCAAAAGCCUGCAGAGCGUGCAGGGUCUCAGCCUAAGCCUGCACCAGCGCAGCAGCCCGCAGCCGGGCGCAGGCCUGCAGAGCAUGCGGCUGUACCCGAAGCUAAGGAUGCAGCAGCGCGACAGCAGCCUGCUAUUGCGCACAGGCCUGCUGCGCUGCCCGCUCCUGUCAGCUUACCCAGCCGGAAGCCGGCACCGCAGGAGGUGCCUAAGCCACCGCCGAUGACCGCCGAGGUGUUUGCCAAGUUCAACCAGAAUCUGCAGAAGGCCAUGAGUGCGACAGCGCAACCCAGCACGCCAGUCCACCUGGGGAGCGAGAGCAAGCAGCCUGGUGUGGUCAUGGGCAUUCCUGUGCCAGGACAGAGCAAGGCGGCCGGCGGCGCAAUUCCUCAGGUGGGCCGGGGCCUGGGCCCCCCGCUGCGGCCCUCUCCGCCAGUCAGAAAAUCACCGACCAGCCUCGAGACCUACAUUCCAGACUGGGGUGCAAAGCCGGCGACGCUGCGAGCCAGCAAGACGCCUCAGCGUUCUGCGGUGCUGCCGCAGCCACGCUUUGCCAGCGCCGCCCCAGCCAGCAGGGAACCCUCGCAGCCCGUGGCCUCUGCCCCCCCACAGCCCGUCAGGAAUGGCGAGUCUGCCAGCGGCGCGGCAAUGCAGCGCGCGCAGCCUGCAGUGCCUCAAUCGCCCAAGCAGCCGGCACCCCAGACAGGUCAGGCCCAGCAGUGUGGGGCUGAUCAGCCUGUUGCUGCUCCUGCGGAGGCGCCGCCCAAGAGAUUGCCAGAUGACACAGCUGCCGCUUCGCCAGCAAAUGCAGCCAAGAAGGAGGCGGUUGUUGGAGCAGCAGGGGAUGCGGCCCCUGCUGUGGUAUUGGCAGCCACGGAGGCUCCUGCAAAGCGCAAACGUGGCCGACCGCCAAAACCGAAGGAUGUCACCGUGGAAGAGACCCCUCCGCCUGCAAAGAAGCCCCGGGGCAGGCCUCGUAAGACGGACGUAGAGAAAGCGCAGCAUCAAAAUGGCGCUGCCGUGGACACCAAAUCACAGGCUCAGGAUGUGGGCCAGCCUGCAGCAAUGCAUCCAGGUGAUGUGCCGCCUGCUGCCAAGGCAGUCGCAGCGUCGGCGCCCGAAGACAACAGGGAGUCAAAAAACGGGCAUGGGCUGCUGGGAGCAGACGCUGAUGCGCACCCAGCACCAAGGCCCACCCAUCAACAGCAGGACGGCGGCGCUGCCGAGGCGCCUCCUGCACCGGCCAACGCCGCCGCCGAGCCGGUGCGCCCAGCCGUGAUGAACACAUCCGGCACGUCCAACCCAGCAGAAAUUCAUCAGCGGCUGCUGACGGGCGGCCACGCCUCGACAUCUUCCCCCGGGCCGUGCUUCGACGCGCGCGCAGCCGCGCAGCCGGUGCGCCGCGCAGGGAGCGCUUUCGUCAGCCGGGGAGCCAGCAGCGCGCCUAGCAAGCUGGGGCCAGUUGCCGCCCUUCCCAAGGGGCCAUCCGCUGCCGCACAGGCAGAACCGUCCCCGGCGCGGCUGCCAAGCAGCCAGCCAGCGCAGGAAGACCUCGCGGCCACGCAUGUGGGAGGGAAGCACGACCCGUGGCUGGGCUCCCCAUCGGUUCCUGGGAUCCAGGAGGGGCGGCUGCAGCAGGUCUCAGAAAACGGCGGCGCACUCGCGAGCCCGGUGCUGAGCUCGCCGGGGGUGUCCGGUCAGCAGUCGGCGAAGGCCGGCGCGCAUCCGCAGGUGACCAAGCUCGUCACCAUGCUGCCCAGCAGGCUGUCGCCGGCCUACACUCCCACGCUGAAGCCCCCCUCGCGCACGCCCCCUCAGAGGAGCUCCGCGCAGAGGAGCAGCUUUGGGGCCGCCGCCUCGCCCGCCCUGCAGCGCGCUGACAGCGAUGGGAAGGUGCCUGAAGGCACACCCACGCAGGAGUCCAAGGAGGAGCAGGAGAUUGCCAAGCGGCGCAAGGGGCAGGACUCCAUCAUGAAGAAGGUGGAGCAUGCGGUGAAGGGGCUGACGCGCACCAAGGAAAGCAUCAAGGCCGCCACUGUGCUGGCGGCUCAAGCCGCGCAGAGGGGCGCUGCCCCCCGCGUCAUCCGCUACCUUAUUGAACGCAUUGACAAGGAGUCGGCAGGCCCGAAGCGGGUGGACAUCCUGUACCUGGCAGACAGCGUGCUGCAGAACUGCCGCAACCCCAAGUGCGCCGGGUGCGGCCCGGACAGCGCACCGGCUCAGGCGUACCCGCGCGUCAUUGCGGCAGCGCUGCCGGCGCUCAUCAAGGCCGUCUCCGAGGACUUCGAGGGCGCUCGCAAGGCCGACAAGGUGCUGAGCCUCUGGGCGAAGCGCGAAAUGCUGCCCUUGGCUGCACUGCAGCCGGAGAUCGAUCGGCUCAAGGAGCGGUUGGCCCAGCAUGACAGCGCGGCCUCCGCCAAGGCCGCCGCCCGCUCCCUGCAGAAGCAGGUCAGCGAUGCGGCCAACAACAGCAGCGCAACGGCAGUCAGGAUUGGAUCGGAGACCGGGGGAGGUGCGCUGAUGGAGCUGAAGCAGGAGGAGGACGAUGACUGGGACGAUGACGAGGCGGCCCCCCUGCCCACGCUGCCCCAGGCCCAGGAGGAGCAGCGGCCCCCCUGGCAGCGCACCGGUGGGACGGAUGUGGGGAUGGGCACAGAGCCGGGCAGCCCAGAGGGCAGCCCCUGGCAUCAGGGCGUCUCACCUGCAUCCUCCGGCUACGCACCCUGGUCCCCAUCCCUGUCCUCUGGGGGGCAGCAGACCACGCCGCAGCAUGUCCCUGCUGCCCUUGCAGCACCCUGGCACCAGCCUGCCGCAGCUCCCUCCCAUGGGCAUGUGGGGAGUGCGCCCGGUCAGACUCUGCAGCAUAGCGGCUACACUGCUGCGGGCGUACCGGCCCCGCGGCCGCCCCCGCACUCCUGGCCGGCGGCCAAUACACCGCAGCACGCGCAGCCCCCGCCGCCCGCGCAGCCGCGGGUCCCGCUGCAGCAGCCGGCUCCGGCUGCGGCUCCCAGCAAUGGCCACGCGGCCCCGCAGCAGAUCGCGUGGGAACCCGAGGAGGCCUGGGACAGCGACGCAGAUGUGGUGGUGCCCCCCGGCCUGGCCGACGUGCCGCCGCCGCAAUCCGGGGGCGCGAAGGGAAACACGUGGCGGCCGCGCAGCCUCGAGCGGGUCAGCUCACCCGGGCUGUACCAGCAGAACAAGGGGAAUGCUGCAGGGCCCUCGCGCCUGGCCGCCACCGAGCCUGCGCAUCUGCUGGACGAGUUUGAUGACCUGUACAGCGGCUUGGUCCAGCAGCAGCCGCAGCAGGCGGCCGGCUUCGCCGCGCCGGUGCUGCCGCCGCCACCGCCGCCGCUGAAGAACCAGUUCCCGGCGCUGCUGCCGCUCGCGCCCACGCCGCCUGCGCAGGCCUUCGCCCCUCCGCCCUACGGAGUGGCUGCGCAGCAGGACGAAGCACCGCCUCCUUUGCCAGCGGAUGAGCCGCCGCCGCUGCCUCCACCUGAGGAUGAAGACGAUGACAACUUCCAGCCCCCGCUGCCUGCUGGCCCGCCACCGCCAACGCCGCCGCCUCCCGAGGCCGCAGCCGGGCGGCACGGCGCGAUCAUGGAUGUGGAGAUGCAGGACGCUCUUCCCCCGGCCCCAUCGCUGCCCAAGACCCGGCCGUAG